AUUCGGUUCCAUUUGCACGUUGUUGCCCACUUCUCCGUCUCUGACUCUCUCGAUCAUAGCAGAAUUCACGCGCAGAGCCGUCGCCGCCACAAUCACCGAUGAGUAACCUCCGGCAGCGGCCGCUGCCGGGCCAAGCGCAGUCACCUGGUCCGCCCUACGGCUCAGACCGGGCGCCUCCAUCCGAAGAUAUCUACAACAUAAUCCCAAUCCACAAUCUCCUGGUCGAGCACCCAUCGCUCCGCUACCCAGAAGUACGCGCCGCGGUGGCGGCCCUACGCACCGUCGGGAACCUUCGGAAGCCGCCAUUCGUGCCAUGGCACGACCACAUGGACCUCCUGGACUGGCUCGGCGCCUUCUUUGGCUUCCAAGCUGACAACGUCCGGAACCAGCGGGAGCAUCUGGUCCUCCACCUCGCUAAUGCCCAGAUGCGGCUCACGCCGCCGCCGGAAAACCUCGAUUCGCUCGACCCCGGCGUCCUGCGCCGCUUCCGCCGCAAGCUCCUCAAGAACUACACCUCCUGGUGCUCCUACCUCGGCCAGAAAUCCAACGUUUGGGUCUCCGAAACGACACGCCGGAGCUCGGAUCACCGCCGCGAGCUGCUCUACGUCUCGCUCUAUCUCCUGAUCUGGGGUGAGUCCGCCAAUCUCCGCUUUGUUCCCGAAUGCAUUUGCUACAUUUUUCAUCACUUGGCCAUGGAACUCAAUAGAAUUCUUGAGGAUUACAUUGAUGAGAAUACUGGGCGUCCUGCUUUACCCUCAAUUUCGGGCGAGAACGCCUUUCUGAACCGGGUCGUGACGCCCAUUUACCAAACCAUUCGUCUGGAAGUUGAAAACAGUAGAGAUGGCACUGCUCCCCACUCGGCGUGGCGGAAUUAUGAUGAUAUAAAUGAGUACUUUUGGAGUAGGAGGUGCUUUCAGAAGUUGCGGUGGCCAAUUGAGUUGGGGAGUAAUUUUUUUGUGACCACAAGCAGGGAAAAGCAUGUGGGUAAGACCGGUUUUGUAGAGCAGAGGUCGUUUUGGAACUUGCUUAGGAGCUUUGAUAAGCUCUGGAUUAUGUUGAUUCUGUUUCUUCAAGCGGCGAUUAUUGUCGCUUGGGAGCAGAAGGAGUAUCCGUGGCAGGCGCUGAAGAGUCGCGAUGUUCAGGUUCGGGUUUUGACUGUUUUCUUUACUUGGACUGGUAUGAGGUUCCUUCAGUCGCUUCUUGAUGCUGGGAUGCAGUAUAGUUUGGUUUCGAGGGAGACGAUGUGGCUUGGGGUGAGGAUGGUGUUGAAGAGCGUUGUUGCUGCUGUUUGGAUCAUGGUUUUCGGGGUCUUCUAUGGAAGGAUUUGGGACCAGAAGAACCGUGAUCGAGGGUGGUCUAGCGAGGCAAAUCAGCGGGUUGUUAAUUUUCUGGUGGUUGCUUUGGUUUUCAUUUCGCCGGAGCUCUUGGCACUGGCUCUUUUUAUUUUACCCUGGAUACGAAAUUUCUUGGAGAAUACUAAUUGGAGGGUCUUUUACCUGUUGUCAUGGUGGUUUCAGAGCAGAAUAUUCGUGGGACGUGGCCUUAGAGAAGGUCUUGUGGAUAACAUUAAAUACACUUUAUUCUGGGUAGUCGUGCUUGCUACCAAAUUUUGCUUUACUUACUUCCUACAAAUAAAGCCCAUGAUUGCUCCGACAAAAACCCUCUUGAAUCUCAAGGAUGUGAAGUAUGAAUGGCAUGAGUUCUUCAGUGAUAGCAAUAGAUUUGCCAUUGGGUUAUUGUGGCUUCCUGUGGUCUUGAUUUACUUCAUGGAUUUGCAGAUUUGGUACUCAAUCUACUCUUCAUUUGUUGGGGCAGGAGUUGGGUUGUUUUCCCAUUUGGGUGAAAUACGGAACAUGCAGCAAUUAAGGUUGAGGUUCCAGUUCUUUGCUAGUGCAAUUCAAUUCAAUCUGAUGCCUGAGGAACAGCUUCUGAACACUAGGGGAACACUGAAGAGCAAGUUAAAUGAGGCCAUUCACAGGUUGAAGCUGAGGUAUGGUUUUGGCCGACCUUUUAAGAAGCUUGAAUCAAACGUGGAGGCUAACAAGUUUGCCUUGAUAUGGAAUGAGAUCAUUACAAUCUUCAGAGAGGAAGAUAUUAUCAGUGACCGGGAGGUUGAGCUUUUGGAGCUCCCACAGAAUACCUGGAACGUCAGGGUUAUCCGCUGGCCUUGUUUACUGCUCUGCAAUGAGUUGCUUCUCGCUCUUAGCCAGGCUAAAGAGUUAGUUGAUGCACCCGACAAGUGGCUAUGGUACAAAAUCUGCAAAAAUGAGUAUAGGCGCUGUGCUAUUAUUGAAACUUAUGAUAGUGUCAGGCAUUUGCUGCUUGCUAUUGUCAAAUAUAAUACUGAGGAACAUUCCAUUAUUACAAUUUUGUUUCAACAAAUGGAUCAUGCCAUUCAGAUUGAGAAGUUCACAAAAACAUUCAACAUGGUAGCUCUCCCCAAGAUCCAUGCCAAGUUGAUCACUCUUCUUGAGCUAUUGAACAAGCCCAAGAAAGAUGUCAAUAAGGUUGUGAAUUGUCUGCAGGCGCUUUAUGAGAUUGUGGUUCGAGACUUUUAUACAGAGAAGAGGAGCAUCGAAGAGCUGAAACAAGAUGGUUUGGCUUCUUCUAAGUCAGAGGAAUUGCUUUUUGACAAUGCCAUUGAGUUGCCAGAAGCCAAUAAUGAAACAUUUUACCGUCAAGCCCGGCGCUUGCACACCAUUCUUCAAUCUCGGGAUUCAAUGCACAAUAUACCUACAAAUCUUGAGGCUAGACGCCGAAUUGCAUUCUUUAGUAACUCUUUGUUUAUGAACAUGCCUCGUGCUCCCCAAGUUGAGAAAAUGAUGGCUUUUAGUGUAUUGACCCCGUACUACAAUGAAGAAGUGCUGUUUAGCAAGGAACAACUUCGAACUGAGAAUGAAGAUGGAAUUUCGACUUUAUAUUAUCUGCAGACUAUAUAUGCAGAUGAGUGGAAGAAUUUCUUGGAGCGAAUGCACUGUGAAGGAAUGGUUAAAGAUGAUGAAAUAUGGACAGAGAAGCUUAGAGAUCUCAGACUUUGGGCAUCAUACAGAGGCCAGACACUUUCCCGCACUGUAAGGGGAAUGAUGUAUUACUAUCGGGCUCUUAAGAUGCUGGCUUUUCUUGAUUCUGCAUCAGAGAUGGACAUAAAAGAAGGAUCGCAAGAACUUGCUUCUAUGAGGCGAAGUGAUAGCAUGGAUGGUUUCAGCUCAGAAAGGUCACCAUCUACAAGGAGUUUGGGCAGAGCAGAUAGUGCUGUGGGUUUGUUGUUCAAAGGUCAUGAAUAUGGGACAGCUUUAAUGAAAUAUACUUAUGUGGUUGCAUGCCAGAUAUAUGGAACUCAGAAGGGAAAAAAGGACCCCCGUGCUGAGGAGAUUCUUUAUCUGAUGAAAAAUAAUGAAGCUCUUCGUGUGGCUUAUGUUGAUGAAGUUCCCUCAGGAAGGGAUGGGAAGGAGUACUACUCUGUUCUUGUGAAGUAUGAUCAACAUUUGCAGAAGGAAGUGGAGAUCUACCGGGUCAAGUUACCUGGUCCAUUGAAGCUUGGAGAAGGAAAGCCAGAGAAUCAAAACCAUGCUAUUAUCUUCACUCGUGGUGACGCAGUACAGACCAUAGACAUGAACCAAGAUAACUAUUUUGAGGAAGCACUCAAGAUGCGGAAUCUGUUGGAGGAAUUUAGGCACUAUUAUGGUAUCCGGAAGCCCACCAUCUUGGGAGUUCGCGAACAUAUAUUUACUGGUUCUGUUUCAUCACUUGCAUGGUUUAUGUCUGCUCAAGAAACAAGUUUUGUCACACUGGGUCAGCGAGUCUUGGCAAACCCUUUGAAAAUUCGGAUGCAUUAUGGGCACCCUGAUGUCUUUGAUAGAUUCUGGUUCUUGACUAGGGGAGGGAUCAGCAAAGCAUCCAGAGUGAUUAAUAUCAGUGAGGACAUUUUUGCUGGUUUUAAUUGCACAUUGCGAGGCGGCAAUGUCACUCACCAUGAGUAUAUUCAAGUUGGUAAGGGAAGAGAUGUUGGUUUGAAUCAAAUAUCAAUGUUUGAAGCCAAGGUUGCGAGCGGGAAUGGUGAACAAGUUCUGAGUAGAGAUGUCUACAGAUUGGGACACAGGCUUGAUUUCUUCCGGAUGCUGUCAUUUUUCUACACUACUGUGGGCUUCUUUUUCAACACACAGAUGGUAAUCCUGACUGUCUAUGGUUUUCUGUGGGGUCGACUUUAUCUAGCACUUAGUGGAGUUGAGGCUUCUGCAGUUGCAGAUGAUACCAACAACAACAAGGCCCUCGGUACGAUAUUGAACCAGCAGUUCAUUAUCCAACUUGGUGUAUUCACUGCCCUACCAAUGAUUGUGGAGAAUUCUCUUGAGCAUGGGUUCCUUGGAGCCAUAUGGGAUUUCAUAACAAUGCAGCUUCAGCUAUCAUCUGUAUUCUACACAUUCUCCAUGGGAACUCGUGCCCACUACUUUGGUAGAACUAUUCUUCAUGGUGGUGCUAAAUAUCGGGCCACUGGGCGUGGUUUUGUUGUUCAGCAUAAGAGUUUUGCGGAGAACUAUAGGCUUUAUGCCCGUAGCCAUUUUGUGAAGGCAAUUGAGCUUGGGCUGAUACUCAUAGUGUAUGCUGCAUAUAGCCCUGUAGCUACUGGUACCUUUGUUUACAUCGCAUUAACCAUCACAAGUUGGUUCUUGGUUGUGUCAUGGAUCAUGGCUCCUUUUGUUUUCAAUCCAUCAGGGUUUGACUGGUUAAAGACAGUUUAUGAUUUUGAUGACUUCAUGAAUUGGAUAUGGUACCGUGGUGGUGUGUUUUCCAAAUCUGAACAGAGCUGGGAAAAAUGGUGGGACGAGGAGCAGGAUCAUCUAAGGACGACUGGCCUUUGGGGAAAGAUAUUGGAAGUCAUCUUGGACUUGCGUUUUUUCUUUUUCCAGUAUGGGAUUGUAUACCAGUUAGAUAUUGCUGCUGGGAGCAAAAGUAUUGCUGUUUACUUGCUCUCUUGGAUCUAUGUGGUUGUGGCUGCUGGCAUUUACAUAAUUAUAGCUUAUGCUCGAGACAAAUAUGCUGCAAGGGAGCACAUCUAUUUUCGGCUGGUUCAGUGUCUUGUUAUUACUCUUGGCAUUGUUGUGGUCGUUGCCUUGCUGGAGUUCACCAAGUUUACAUUUUUGGAUGUUUUCACAAGUCUAUUGGCAUUCAUCCCUACUGGUUGGGGCUUUAUUUUAAUAGCUCAAGUAUUCCGUCCCUUUCUGCAGAAAACCAUAUUCUGGGAACUUCUUGUUUCUGUAGCUCGGAUGUAUGAUAUAAUGUUUGGAGUGAUUGUUAUGGCCCCUGUGGCUUUCCUAUCAUGGAUGCCUGGAUUCCAGUCAAUGCAGACGAGGAUUUUAUUCAAUGAAGCGUUUAGUAGGGGACUGCAGAUAUUCCAGAUUGUGACAGGAAAAAAAUCUAAAGAUGACUUGUGAGUUGAGGCAGGCUUGUACUUGGCAUGAGGUGUAGAAAGCUUGUACAAGUUGAGAGGCUAUUACUGUAGAGUUUAUUGUGUUUGUUAUCACGGGGGCGCCUUUGGCCCGUAUUUUCGUCGAGCGAUUGGGUUGAUUAUAGUAAUUGAUCCUUUAAUCCCUGCUGCCGGCUUCCCUUGCUGUUGUAAUUAGUCAUUUUUUUGUUGCUUACACCUCACUCACGAUAGGUGAUUAACAGGUUGUUUAUGUUUGUUCUUCCCACAUUCUUUUAAGGGUACAGCCUUUUGCAUUGUCUAUUUUUAGUAUAGAAUUGUGUUACCAAAGAACAGUGUGUUAGUGAGACUGUUGUGUUCUUUUUCCCCCAAAUGAAGCCAAUUUUUGUUUCUAA